AUGCAGCACGUCACAUGGAGCCCUGUUCAUUCCUCGCUCCAUCUUUCCCUGACGGUCUCCAUAUGCCUCCUGCCUCUCCCCAUGUGCCUCCUGCCUCUCCCCAUGUGCCUCCUGCCUCUCCCCAUGUGUCCACUUGCCUCUCCCCAUGUGCCAACGUGCCUCUCUCCUCCCCCCCCCCUCUGCCUCUCCCCAUGUGUCCACUUGUCUCUUCGUUUCCCCCUCUCAUAUGCCAACACCUUGAUGCCCUCUCACCUCCCAUGUUUCUUCCCUCCCCACACACAGGUCGUCCCUUUCAACCCAGCCGUCGACGUUACCCAGGGCCUCUAUCUGCGCUUCAACUCGGCUCUAAAGGCCGCCAACCCCUAUUCACUCCUAACCCCUCCCUCUCUUCCCCCCCACACACAGGCCGUCCCUUCCGACCCAGCAGUGGACGUCACCCUGGGUCUCUACCUGCGCUUCAACUCCGCCCUGAAGGCCGCCAACCCCGCCAUCAAGACCCUCCUCUCCAUCAGCAGCGAUUUCGUAAUUACCAACCUUUUCGACAACGCCGCCUCCUCCCCGUCCUCCCGCUCUGCCUUCAUUCAAUCCGCGAUCGCCCUCGCCCGGAAGUACAACUUUGACGGUCUGGAUCUCAACUUGGCGUACACAACGGGCAACGCCACCCUGGUCUCCGCCCUGCUCACGGAUUUCCGGGCGGCGAUUGAAUCCGAAGCUGCCGAACCUGGUAUCCUAUUUUACAAGGAAAUCGAUGAGCUGGUAACCACUGGAGGUUACACAGCUACGUUCGACGCCCCAACAUCCUCUAUGUAUGCAGUGAAGGGUGACCAGUGGGUUGGUUACGACGACCCUUCCACCAUCGCCACCAAGGUUCAGUUCGCCAAGUCACAAGGCUACGGAGGGUGGUUCUUCUGGGCACUGGGCCAGGAUGCCAACAAUGCUCUGCUCAAUGCUGCAGUAGCUGCAUGA